AUGUCUGAUCUCAAGAUAGAAAAGAUAGACGUCUUCAAAGUCGACCUCCCUUACUCGGGAGGUGUUUACUAUCUCUCAGGUGGCCGCGAGUAUAGGAGUUUUGAUGCAACCAUUAUCCGAAUAACCACAAAUACUGGUAUCGAAGGCUGGGGCGAGAGCACCCCUUUCGGUUCAACUUACAUCGCCUCUCAUGCUCUCGGCGUGAGAGCAGGCAUUGCUGAGAUCGCUCCCUGGCUGAUCGGCUUGGAUCCACGGCGAGUUGACCGCAUCAAUGAAGCCAUGGACGCUGCUCUGGUCGGUCACGAGCACGCCAAAACCCCUAUCGACAUUGCCUGCUGGGACAUCUUCGGCAAGUCAGUCGGAAUGCCCGUUUGCGAACUGCUCGGUGGUCGCACUGGUGUUGGUCUGCCUAUCAUCUCGUCAAUCUACAUGGAUAAACCCGAGAAUAUGCGAAAGCGUGUUGCAGAGCAUCGAGCACGAGGAUACAUCGGACACUCCGUCAAGAUCGGCGGAGAUCCCGGUGAAGAUGCUCAGCGAAUAACUGCCUCACUCGCUGAUAAGCAGCCCGGAGAGUUCUUCCUGGUGGAUGCCAACGGUGGUAUGACUGUUGAAAACGCUCUUCGCAUGUUGAGGCUUCUCCCGCCUGGCCUGGACUUUGUUCUCGAAGCCCCCUGUGCCACAUGGCGCGAAAUCGUCUCUCUCCGUCGAAGAAGUAACAUUCCCAUUCACUUGGACGAGCUCGCCACCACAGACGCAUCAAUAAUCCAGAUGAUAGCAGACGACGCGGCUGAAGGGUUUGGAAUCAAGAUUUCGAAGAACGGCGGUUUGACCAAGAGUCGACGACAUAGAGAUAUUGCUCUUGCAGCGGGCUAUACGAUGAGUUGUCAGGAGACCACCGGAUCGGACAUUGCUUUUGCGGCGAUUGUCCAUCUUGGCCAAACUAUCCCGGAGAGAAGCCUGAGGUGUAUAUUGGAGUGUAGAGAUAUGGUAACCGUGAAGACGGCGGAUGGGAACUUUGAGGUUAGGAAUGGGAGGGUUCAUGCACCAAAGGAGCCGGGACUAGGCGUUACGCCCCGUUUGGAUGUUUUGGGCGAUCCUGUUGCUAGUUACUCUUGA